GAUUGCUUGGCAAGUUCGCUUUAGGAACGAAAUGUAAAAACUGAAUAAUCACUUUGAUACAAAUUAGAAAAAUGAUAUUAUACGUGUAAGCCCGCAAGUAAAUACUUUAUUUUUAAUGGAUCAUUAUCGACCAAGAGGGACUUUGGCACGUGUUAUUCACGCGAAAUUUCAUAAUGACAAUUUUUUGGCAAGCCUGGACACACAACAGUGGUAUUCAUUAAAUUGCGAAUUGCCCGAAAGAUUCCAAUCGAAAUUUGUCGCGCUCAAAAGGCCGGAUACAACAACAGUACGAUGGCUAGAGCGUGCCAAGAUGUUGUCAUCCAAUAUUUGGAUGCAUUUAUGGCAUGCACUGGCCAAAUCAGUGCUGCAGUUCUUUAUGACGCAGACGGACAUCAAUGGACUCUUAAAACGUGGUUCCAUGUUUAUUUUAUCUGAGGAACAAUUUUACAAACUGCUGGAAGCUGGUGGAUUUCCAACUGCCAUACUACCAGCUGAAAGGAUAACUCUGUUGGAUAUCGGAGCGGGCGACGGUGAAAUUUCAUUGCGUGUGGCCAAUUCGGUGUCUCAACUGAGUGCCAAUGCUGUACUGCAAGUAUUUGCCACAGAGGCUAGUUGGACUAUGAGAGAUAGGCUCAAGAAGCUCAACUUUAACGUAGUCUCGGAGAUUCGUGAAUUACAAAAUGUUGAAUUAAUACUAUGCCUAAAUGUGCUGGACCGUUGCUUUGAUUCAUUUAAGCUUUUAGAGGAUAUUCACUCUGCAUUGGCGCCAAAAGGUCGUGCGGUGGUUGCUUUAGUGCUACCUUACAUGCAUUAUGUUGAGACAAAUACAUCCCACUUGCCACUUAGACCUCUACUGGAUCAUAGUAAUCGAAAAACGUGCCGUGAGACAACGUUUGAAGAAGAAGCUCUAAUGUUUCUGGACUUGCUGGAAAACUGCGGCUUUCGCGUGGAAGCUUGGACAAAAGCGCCAUAUCUAUGCGAAGGCGAUAUUCACCAAUCAUUCUAUUGGCUGAUAGACCUUAUUGUUGUGCUUUCGAAAAAGACAACUUAGUUUGUUUUUCAUGUUUUCCAAUACUGGAAGCAUACAUUAUUUUGAAAGGCAUUUAUUGUAAUUAACUGAAGUUUAGCGUUUUUAAGGCUUAUACCAAUCACUACUGGCUUAUUGACCUUUUUGUUGUGCUUUCGAAGAAGACUACUUAAUAGCAUUAGUUAAAAUUUUUGUACGCUUUCCAAUGCUAACGCUAUUAAGUAUAUAUAAAUUUGUUCAAAUACUUAAUAACUUAAGUCUAAUUAGGCAUUUAAAAUUAGGAAAUGUACCAAAUGAAGCCUUUU